AAGUUGGAAACUCUCUCUCCUUGUUCUCUUCACGCACCCGCCAUUAAAGCACAGAGAAGAGCUUCAAAAAAUGCUAACAACUGAUGCAGAAUUCAAUCUCAGGGCCUCUACGCAGCCCGGAUUUGGCAUCGGGGAGUACACAUUUGCUGAUGCUGGGAACUUGGAUCAUUGUGCCAAAUAUCUGAACCAGACAUUGGUUACAUUUGGUUUCCCAGCGUCUCUUGAUCUAUUUGCUACUGAUCCGGUUUCUAUUGCGCGUACCUGCAAUUGCAUUUACUCUCUGCUUCAACAAAGACAACGAGAUAUUGAAUUUAGGGAGUCCUCGAACGAACAGAGACAAAGGUUACUAUCUGACAUAUCAAGGUUAGAGGCCAAAGUUGAGAGGCUUGAAGUGCAGUUAGCAGCCAAAGAUCGGGAGUUGGCUACGCUCGCACGAAAUGAAGCAAAGGCCACUGCAGCUUUUAAGGCUCAAAUAGAAAAACUGCAGCAGGAACGAGAUGAAUUUCAAAGAAUGGUUAUCGGUAAUCAGCAAGUGCGAACUCAACAAAUUCAUGAAAUGAAGAAAAAGGAAAAGGAGUACAUAAAGUUGCAAGAGAGGUUGAACCAAGUUUUGAUGGAGAAAAAGAAGGAAUCCAGGUCUGGCAUGGAGAUAAUGAAUUUACUCCAGAAGGAAGGGCGACAACGUGGGACGUGGAAUGGGAAGAAGGCAGACAACGACUUCUAUAAGAUGAUUGUGGAUGCAUAUGAGGUGAAGAAGCAAGAACUAAUGGCAGAAAAUGCGGACUUGAGGGCCUUACUACGUUCAAUGCAGAUGGAUAUGCGUGACUUUUUAAAUGCUCCAAAUGGGUUAUCCAAGCAAACUUUGGCUAUCAAUGAAAGAUCUGAUGCAGAUCCCCCAGAGUCUCCAUUGGGUGGUAGGACGGAUGUCUUUGACCUGCCUUUUCACAUGGCUAGAGAUCAAAUAGAAGUGAGUCUGCGAACUAAGAUGGCUUCUAUAAAGGAGCGCAUGAUUCAACUGCAAGAUGCACAAAAAGAAGCAGAGGUUAUUUCUGAAGCGACUGAGAGGGAGCUUGAGCUUGAAGCUCAACUUGUUGAAGCAAGAAGCAUCAUCCAGGAACAGGCAUCUAUAAUGUCCAAACAUCUUGCAAAUUCUGAGAGGCCUAGGAGAAUGAGUGGACUCUUGGAUUCUGACAGGGAAUCACUUCUCUCGUCACCAGCUGAGGGGGUAUAAUAGACAUCAAAUCUGCAAAAGAUUUCUUCAAGCCGUUGCUUUGGAUGGUCUGCCCUGUUCUGUUCCUGAAAAGCAGAUAAGCAUGUAAAAUUUGUGAAGUUACUACAAUCAGAGUAUCAACAAUUAUAAAUUAGUUUGGAUCAUUGUAGAGAGCUGUUGUAGAAGCUGUAAUUGUAAUCCAGAAUGUUCUUUGUCAAUUCUCAAAUGCUUUUUGCAAAAUUUGUU